CACGGCUCUAAAGGCCGUCGGAGCAAGCUAGGCUCAUUAAUGAGCACUCUGUUCUUUCACCCAAAGUGGGAGUAUCCUCAAGGCCACAGCAGCCAGCAGCUUGGUUUUUGCCAAUUCCUCAACCAAGCUCUGAGGUAAUACAAAUGAGGCCUUAAUGUUCUUCCUUGUGCACUGUGGAGGGAAGUUUUGCAAAGGCCAGUUCCCCCUUGAAAAUUCGCACCUUCGGCAUCACAUUUUUGUGCUGUCAAGACAAUUCUCUAAAGCAGGCAGGCCGAGAGCAAGACCACAAGGAUGGGAGACCUAUCUCUAUCUGGAGAUGAUCUUUUUGGCUUCAUGUAUAACAACAGUGAUUAUGACUACAACACCAUCAACCCCAGCAGUGUAGAAGCCGCACAACCCUGCAAACCUGAGAAUAUGUCAACUCUGUUCAAGUACAUAGUGGCAUUCCUGUAUGGCCUGACAUGCCUUUUAAGCCUGGUGGGCAACUCCCUGGUGGUUCUGGUGAUCAGCUACAUCAAAGGAAACCGUUCUGUCACUGAUGUAUAUCUCCUGAACCUAGCCAUUGCUGAUCUUCUCUUUGCACUCACCUUGCCAUUCUGGGCUGUAUAUAAAGCUCAUGAAUGGAUCUUUGGCACUCCCAUGUGCAAAAUCAUGUCACUCCUGAAGGAAGUCAACUUCUACAGCGGCAUCCUGCUGUUGGCUUUUAUCAGCAUUGAUCGCUACCUGGCAAUAGUUUGUGCAACUCGGGCAGUAACUCAGAAGAGGAAUUGGGUCAAAUUUGUCUGUGUUGGCAUCUGGGUGUUCUCCUUCCUCCUUUCUCUUCCUGUGAUCCUUUUCCGUGAAGUUUUCCUUCCACCUAACUCCACCAGCAUGGUUUGUUAUGAGAAUAUUGGAGGGAAUCAAACAUCUGAGAGAAGGGUGAUCCUGAGAAUCCUGCCACAAAUGUUUGGCUUCAUUCUUCCUUUGGUCAUCAUGCUGUUCUGCUAUGGUGUGACAGUCCACAGGCUCUUCCAGACCAAGAACAGCCAAAAAAAGAAGGCAAUGAAAGUCAUCUUGGCUGUUGUGUUUGUUUUCCUGAUCUGUUGGCUGCCCUAUAAUAUCUCCCUGUUUGCUGAUACCUUGCUGAGGACUGGAAGUAUUGGUGACAACUGUGGCCGUCGUAAAAGCAUUAGCACAGCCCUUUCAAGUACUGAAAUCCUGGGAUAUGUUCACAGCUGCAUAAACCCCAUCAUAUAUGCCUUCAUAGGGCAGAAGUUCCGGAACAACUUCCUCAAGAUCUUGGUCACACGAGGUAUAAUCAGCAAAGAAGUCCUGACUCGGUUUAGAAAGGGAUCCUCUUUCUCAUCUACCUCUGGCAUCACUUCUACAACUCUGUAAUAGCCAUGCCCAGAGGAAGGGAGAGAGGGAGGACAGGGUCACUAAAGAGACUGUCCAGCUAUUUUUACGUUGAAGGUUUCAGUAGGCUUCAAGAGUCAGUUUCACUAAGGUGAUACUACUGAGAUGCUUUAAAAAACUGUGUCUGCCAGGGUUAGCUGUGAUGUAGCAAUGCCAAUUAAUGGCACGAGUCCAUUCCUGUCUGCUUGCCUCAAAAGCAAAUAUGAUUGCCUUCCACCCAGAAAGGUUAUCUUCUCCAAAUCAUCUGAACAAGUUCACAUAAAGUAUUGUACUCCAAGAAACAAUUACAAUAUUCCCAAAUGGAAGACUGUGUAUUAAAACCUAGAGGGCUACCAAUUUAUGUCCAAUGAAGAUAGUGUAAAAUUCCUUAUAAAUGAUGACCAAAGAAUCUCUUGUUCUUCUGUAUCCAUUCUGUCUAAAGAAGAAUACUGUGACGAAAUAUUGGGUGGAUGCAGCCAUCAUUUUUAUCUGAGCCUAACCAAAAAUAAUAUAUACAGAGAGAAUUAGCAAACUCAGUUCCCUCUCUACCUUGUAUUCCUUUUUAAUUUCCUUUUUUUAUAUCUGUCUUUGGUAUAUUUUAAAUUGAAUAUGUUUAUAUAGCUUGAUAUAAAUAUAAUUUUGCUGUAAACUUGCAUCUGUAACUGUGAUUCAGUCAAUGCAAUUAGGGGGGUGGGGGUUAUACGGAAUUAUUUCCACAUUGGUCUUUAGGAAAAAGCCAUGCCUCCAAAUGUUCCAGUUGAGGACUCAUGUCUCUGCGAUAGUACGUCUGAUUUCCACAAUUCACUUAUUAUCAAGGCAAAUUCAGCCUCACAUCCACAGGACAAACAAUUGAUGGCCUAGUGUGAGCUCUGAAUGGUCUGCAUGUUCAUGCAGGUCAUCUCAGGUAGAAAUUGUCUGCCUCCGCCCGCCUCUGGCAGGGAUACCACCAAGGUAGUAGGUAGCAGUGCCAAAUAAGAAGAUCUGGUAGAUACUAAGUAGAUAUCUUUUAUUAGAUAAGAUGUUGGCCUAAUAAAGAAUCAUGUAAACUAUUCUCUCUCUCUUAUAUUUUCUAUAUGUACAGCACAUGAUGAUUUGUUAUUAAAACACUAACAGUCAAAGGAAGGUUAUAUAGUUGUACCUCUAGUUAUUUGUCUUAUAGUCACUCAGUCAUUUAGAAGUGCAUGCAAUGGAGGAAUACUUAAUACACUGCCCAUUUCCGACAUAGAAAGCAAUUCCUUGUAUGGAAUUAGGUGAAACCCUUGUGUAGAUUGUUAUACAUGACAAUCACACAUAGGUGUAUCUCUCUCUCUCUAGUAUAUAUAUAUAUAUAUAUAUACAGUUUUGAAAGCAACAAACAGAAAUAUAUAUAUGCUGUGAAGCUAUAGUCAACAAUGGGAAGCAGUCUUGAAUCAUUUACAGCACAAUCCAAUACUUCCUACUCAGAAGAAAGCCCCACUGAGUUUAGUGAGACUUACUCCCAUGAUGGAAGUGUGCAUAGGAGUGCAGCUUGAGGUCUCUUAAGAAAACACAUGUGCUUGCACAGAAAUUUUAUUGUUACAGGAACACUUACAUUCAAUAACCAAACUUUUUAAAAAGCAAUUUUAAGAUUGAUGUAGGUGGUAUAUGGACUUGCAGAAAGGGGAUGGUGAGAAAAUUAUAUGUGUAUACCUUAAAUUAAUAGGUGGAUGGGCAAUUAGCCUUGAGUCAUUCUCAAAAUAAUUACUCAGUCAAGUAUAGCUGUCUAGGAAGACCUGGGUGUCACAUGCAAUGGAUAUUGAGGUUAAACGUUAGCAUAGUUUUAUGUACUGCAUUAGAAAAAUGAAAAUAUGACAACUUCAGGUAGGUUUUAGAUUUCUUUCAACUUUAGAAGUCAUUCUCUGUCAAUACAACACUUUGGCUGGAGACAUUUUAUGUGGGGGUAACGUUUCCCCCCUCCCCCAGCAACUAGUCUUGUUUAAUCUCAAUGCUUAAAUGGAAACAAUGUCCAAUGUCUGUGUUCUACAACAAAUUAUGUUGCUAUAUUGACUGGAAACGUUUUACACAACAAUG